UUGAUCUUCAGUCGGUUUCGAGUCAGCUACCAGUUAUCAACCAUCCACGUUCAAAAUAAUACCAGAAUAAUGGACUUAAACACAAAGAUUCUAGUUACCACUGUCUAUGUUGUUCUCAUGGCGCUCAGAUCAUUCGGCCAAUAUGGGAACAGAUACAUCCAGAGGGGUCUCGCUCACGAAUUUGAAGGAUUUGAUCAAGGAAAAUACUCGGGUCACGUCCUACCGUAUUCCCAACCUAAUGGUCAGGGUUACACUUUAGGGUGGAACGGGUACCAAGGAGGAAACGUUUUCAAUCCGUAUCAGAAGCUAGGAUAUGGAUAUCAAAACCAAGGAUUUGGCGGAGCUCUAGGAUUUGCAGACGGAGGUCAACUAUUCGGUAUCCAGCAACCAGCAAAUUUUAUUGGUAAUCAAAGAUUUAGGGUAUGAAUAAAAAAUAUAUUGUCUUUGUAAAAAAUACAGUUUCAAUUAUUUAAGACGUUAUAAAAACUGUACACAA